AUGCCACGUAAGCUACGUAAGAAUAUACGUAAGAGGAAGAGAGCAUUGAAACAUCCAAUAGUAAGACUAACACCACAACAACAGUUGCAACAACAAAUGCUGAAUGACCCCACUAUGUUGCAACAAAUGUCAAGCAAUCCUAUGCUUUUAAACCGAGUUGUUGGUGCACAGAGUGGAGGUUUAAGAGCGGCACUUUUAGCGAAAAUGGCAGGCUAUGGUGGAGCUGCAGACGGAACAGCCUAUAACCCUCAAAGUCAAAUGAAUUUGAGUUCACUCAAAAAUCAAAUAGCAGAUGUCAAAAAGUCAAACAUAGACAUACAGAAGCAAAUAGGUGAAAACGAAAAGAAACUAGAAUAUGACAGACACACAAAGAAACUCAAUGAGUUAAACGUAGAGAAAAAGAAGAAAGAAGAACAACUGAAAGAACUAAGUACAGAGGAAUAUGCGAAAAAAGUGUCAGAAAAAGCAACAGAAGUAGCAAAAAUGGAACAAGAUGUCAUAAAUUUGAAAAACCAUACUACUCAAUAUAAAAUACUGAAAGAUGAAGAGAUAAAACAAAAAGCCCUGAAGACAUAUAUGGAUAGCGAUGAGUAUAAAAAAGAAGUUGAAGCAAAUGUAAAGGCAGAAAAACUUUUACAGUUGCAAAACCAAACCGUACAGUAUGAAAACUUAGCACAAGAAAGUAAAAAUAACGACGCGGCUAUGCAAAAGGCAAUGA